ACUUUCUGAGGUAAAAGUGGUCAUGUGACAAAUAAAGUUUGCUCAGCUGACCUUCGCUCGGUUCACUGACUUUUCAAACAAACAUCAGAUUGAAACUGAGUUUCGCGUGACUGUAAAAGGGCUGAACUUGGACUGCAGGAAAAUGGAAAUAACAUUUAGUGGAAAGCGUGCUUUGGUGACUGGAGCUGGCAAAGGGAUCGGACGGGCCACGGCACUGGCUCUGGCACGCUGUGGGUCAGAGGUCACGGCUGUCACACGCACUAAGACUGACCUGGAUAGCCUAGUGCAUGAGUGUCCCUCCAUUAAGCCGGUGUGUGUGGACCUGUCGGACUGGGACGCCACAGCCCAGGCGCUGAAAGACGUCGGUCCGGUGGAUCUUCUGGUGAACAAUGCAGCCUGCGCUUCUCUUCAGCCCUUCCUAGAAGUCACGCCAGAUCAGUUUGACAUGUCUUUCAGUGUCAACGUGAAAGCUGCACUUCAUGUUGCUCAAAUAGUGGCUCGAGGUAUGAAGGCCAGAGGAACUGGAGGAUCCAUUGUGAACGUCUCGAGUCAAGCCUCACAGUGCGCUCUGAAAGAUCACGCCGUAUACUGUGCCACGAAAGGAGCGCUGGACAUGCUGACCAGAGUGAUGGCACUGGAGUUGGGGCCGCAUCAGAUAAGAGUGAACUCAGUGAACCCGACUGUGGUGAUGACAGAAAUGGGAAAGAUUGGAUGGAGCGACCCAGAAAAGGCCAAGAGCAUGACAUCACGGAUCCCACUGGGCAAAUUUGCAGAAGUGGAGGAUGUGGUCAACUCCAUCCUCUUCCUCCUCAGCGAUAAGAGUGCCAUGACCAAUGGAGUGAUCCUGCCCGUGGACGGGGGGUUUCUGGCUUGCUAAAAACUAACAUCAUCAAGCAAAGGUGAAUAAGCCUGAAGAAAUGCGUUUCAGUUCCAACACACAGUCAUAAUUUACUCUUCCUCGUUGGUUUGGUUGUGUUCUUCACACAAAGCUAUCAUGGAGUACGGAGCAUUAGUUAGUAGUUUGCUCUUAUAGUGCCACCAUUUUAUCAUUUUUUGAGUUUCCACUGUAUGGAAACAAGCAGCAUGAACAGUCCACUAAAUAUCGGCUUUGGUGUUCCACUGAAUAAAGAAAUCCGGUUUGGAAUUUGA